AUGCAUGCGACCUCCAGCCCCAUCGGCUCGUUAAAGCCUGUCCCGUCGUUCUCCUACACUCAACAGACGCUAUUCGCCAAUCUCACCUGUGCCAAGCGCGACCACCUGACCAAGGCCAUGCCUCCAUGUCGCACCCAUCAUUUCGCGGACAGUAUCGAGAAAUUCUUCUUCAGCGAUCUUCCAGCUGAGCUCCAGGAAGUGCUCAUCCCUGGUCUCCUAGGCCACAGCCAUUGGAGGCCUGCCAACUACUUCUCUGUCGAUGUUAACGAUCCCUUGUCCCAUUCCAAUUCCCUUUGGGGAUACAGCGGACUACAUCAAUUGAAGCUUGAGCAGACGCAUCCAGAUUAUUUUAUGGCUACUGGUCCAUUCGAGGAUCAGUGGGAUCUCUCUACCGGUUGGAAUGUUCGUGGACCUCUCGAGAAGAAGAUAUGCUUUACCUACAUCCCCCGCGCAUGCAAAGGAGAGACAGGGAAGAGUACUCUCAGAGUCACCCAGAAGAGCCCAAGUGGUAUGRCUCGCCCACCGGUACCAUACCAGAUUCCGGUUGAGAGAUUUCGCGGGGCUGAGCCAUUCCAACUAAAUGUCCAUCUGCGAAAUUUCGGCCGAGUUACAUUCUCCUCCAUGGUACGCAUCGCCUCCCUCCGAGCGUACAACUAUCUCUGCGCCGGGCGCCUCAUCGACAUACAUUGGGUUUACUCAAUGGAGGAAGGUUUACAGACAAAUCCUGCCUUGUCCGAUCUCACCGAGACCGUCCCAGAGUUGUGCUUGGCAUUAGAGGGCAUUGGUCGCGACUUUGUCGCCGAGAAUAAGAUCUUUUUUGAGUCACCCUCGACUGCACACAGACUGCACAGUGUCGUUGCCUUCUCUGAGUAUGUCUGGGACCGCCUCGUCGUGCUCUCGCUAUCUAUGGAGGUGCUUGCCGACAUCCGCGAGCUACAGCCCGGCAAAUUCCAGUGGGAUGACAAUACCCGAAAGAAGAUUGUACGGUCAGAGCAGGUAAUACCACGAUAA